AUGAAAUUAAAAAAUUCUCCAUAUAAAAAAAGUAAACUUUUUUUACAAAUCGAUCGUGAUACCAAUAACAACGGCUCUCCAUUUAGAAAAGUCAUUUCUGAUAGUUUUAAAGAAGCAAGAAUCUCAUCAUCACCAUCACCAUCGACACCAUGUGCGAGCUCUUCAAUAUUUAAAAAAUACAACACGUCAAAAUGUCCUGACAUUCUUUACGAUCAAACUAAUGAGGGAAAUAACAGCAAUUUAUUUGAAUUAGACGACUACAACAAUAGUACUACAUCAUGCAAAUUAAUUGGAUCUCGUAGUAAUAACACAUUAUUAUUAACACAAAAAGCAUCUGCAAGUAAAGUUACACUUAGUUCUACGGUAUUAUUGUCUAACAAAGAAAAUCCCGAUGAUAUUAGUAUUGAUAAUGAUUUACCUGAAAACUUAACUUUGAAGACUUCUAACAAUUACUAUUAUUCAAAUCAAAGCAACUAUAACGACAACAACAAUUAUAUUAAUAACGUUAAUAAUAGUAGGUGUAAUCUAGAACCAGUAAUCAUACUUGAUGACGAUGAUAAUCAAAAAGUCAAGAAUAAAACAAAUAACAGAAUAACAGAUUUAAACUCUUUUUUAAAAGUUGGAGAAAAUAAUAACAAAGAUAAUGUUCAUUUGGAAAACUUGUUAAAAAAACCAUCAUCUAAUCAGGCUGGUAGUAAUAAAAGAAAACUAGUAAACACAACACCCAAAGGGUUCAAUCUUUCUAAAAAAUCUAUUCAACCACUACUAAAUCGCGUAAAUGGUGAACCAGCACUUAAAUUUUCAGGUGUUAAGAAACGUCAAUCUAACAAUAUGAACAUUGAUAAAAGAAGAAACUUUACAGUUCCAAAACCUUUUAAAUUUCAUGGAUCAAACUAUAAGUCAGCGGCAAUAAUAGACACGACUCCUAUUAUUCCUUUGGCAGAGAGGAUUAAAUUGUUUAUGGAAAGAACACCUGAAAGAUAUAAAUCAAAAGUUGUAAAAUUUCACCCAACUUCUUUGUCACAUAAUCAACUUACAAGACCAAGAUCUCCCAAUUUACUUACAAAAUUAAGAGCACAACAUAUCAGGUAA